CUCCAGCACACUUUACACAGCUAACUCACCCAGGCAGGAUCUGGCUGUUCUCCCCCAGCCCUGGUGGGACAGAGGAGCAGCAGCUUGUGGACUUGAAGAGCCAGGCAGCAGAGGACUUCUGGGGAGCAGAUGACUUGUUUUAAACCUUCUAAACCCCAAGGAGAAUGAGUGUGGGUUUUGCUGAAUUCAAGAACAUUCUGGGGGUAUUGGACUCUGUGCUAUAAGAACUACCCUGGUGUGCCUGUUCUGGGGGGGGAGGUGGAUUUAUUGGGCUUCUUCAAAACUCGCAGAGGGGGUCAGCGAACAUGCAGCACCCCUUGGAAAUAGGGGCCCAUUAUUUACCCCAUGAUGCGUUUGCAGAUCACAGGUCCCAUCGCUACAGAAGUUUUAUGAUCGAAGAGAUACUGACUGAUCACCAGGAUUCCAAGAUUUCAGCGCCUUCUGGGGAGCUUCUGAAAUUUGGGGUGCAAGCAUUACUCUCGGCCAGACCUUAUCACAACCACCUAGCUUUAUUAAAGGCAGAACAAGCUUCAGUGUUCAAGUUCCCUUUGAACCCCCUCUCAUGUCCUGGACUGGGAUCCCCAAUCAGCUCUGCCCUGCUGGCUGCAGGCUCUGGCCUUCAGGGAGGUCCAGGAUCCCCACAUCACUUGCCUCUAGAAUUGCACCUCAGGGGAAAACUGGAGGCUGGCCUCUCAGAUCAGGGUAGUAAGGCCAAGAAGGGAAGAAGGAGCAGGACUGUGUUUACUGAACUACAACUCAUGGGUCUGGAAAAAAGAUUUGAGAAACAGAAAUACCUCUCCACACCUGACAGGAUAGACCUGGCGGAGUCACUCGGCCUCAGUCAGCUUCAAGUGAAAACCUGGUACCAGAACCGAAGGAUGAAAUGGAAGAAAAUAGUUUUACAAGGUGGGGGCCUUGAAUCUCCAACAAAACCAAAAGGUCGCCCCAAAAAGAAUUCUAUCCCCACCAGUGAACAACUAACUGAGCAAGAACGGGCAAAGGAGGCAGACAAACAGACAGACAAUGUUCACUCACCUUCAGAGGUGACCCAAGAGGAAUGAAAAUACCUCCCAAAACACACAGAGAACACAAUAGAGGAACUUGGCUGUGGACACAGAGACUUAUCCUUGAUAUUGUGCUACUUCAUCAAAAUUGUACAGGGACUUAUCCUUGUAUAUAAUGACUUACCUACACCUUGUGCAUAUAGCCUUGGACGCAGUAUCUGCGCAGAGCGAUUUAUCCACAUCCACCACGGCUACAGAGCGAUUUAUCAAAGUGCGCAGAGACAGUGAUUCUGGACAGUCUGGGUUACCAGAUCUGCACCCCUGGGGUACAAAGACCAGUCCUGACCUGUUAGACUUGGUUUCGUUUAAUUAUUCUGACUUUCAGAAUGUGGAUUUUUAAUAUAUGGAAAAAUAAAUAAAUACAAAUUCUACAGCUGUAAUGUCCCCCAGGAGAGGCAAUGACAGUACCAGGGUUAGUAGAAUAUUUACUAAUAUUUUUGUGGAUUAUUUUAUAUUUAACUUUUUUGUGUGUGUGUGUGUUUGUUUUUGUCCUCUGUAAAUAUGACGCUACACAAACAUUUCGCAUUUUUUUUUUCU